AUGAAGUCGAUCUCAGUUCCCCUUGUACCUUUAUCGGUCAAUUGGUGGCGAUACAACUCUAUCCCAAGAAGUAAGCAUCAUCAAACUGAUGAAAAAUUAGUUGUAAAAUUGAGCUGGACAAACGACGCGUGCCGAUUCAACAGCGCGCAGAAUGAUUUCUGGGCAUAUGAUGAUGUGUAAUUCUGCGUCGUCACAAACAUCCAUUUCACGGUUUAAAUGCGC